AGUUGUACCGCUUCAUUUAGUUUAUUUCACUCUCAGUAUUUGUGAGUCUGCCACUUUGACAAGUUGUGUAUUAGAAAAAAAUACAUUAAUAAACAGUAAGAUAUAUUAUUUUAGUUGUGAAAAAAUGAAAAUAAUUAAGUAAAGAUAAACCACUGCAGGCUUCGGCGGCGAUCACACGCGUACACUGCCCGCCAAAAAACACAACCACACAUGAAAAAUACGUAACAAAAAUCCAAAAUGGUGAUCAAAAUUGCGGACCAAGUGACAAAUUCUACAAAGAAAGAAGAUGGAUUUGUAAAACUGAUAGGAGAAUUCGGAAAAUGGCAGUGUCUCGUUAUUGCUACUGUUUCGCUUGUGAAAUUAAGUUCGGGAUGGGUGCAAAUGGCUAUACUGUUCCUGACUCCCAAUUUGACGUUUCGUUGUGUGGAUAUGAAUUCUACUAUAGAAGUGGAGAAUUCUACUUGUUAUAAGGAAUGUUUGCAGUAUGAGUAUGACACCAGUCCCUUUGAGAAUACUAUUGUGUCGGAAUGGGACCUCAUUUGUGAGAGAAGAUGGCUGGCGAGCUUCAAUCAAAUGAUGCUGCAAGUUGGCAUACUCAUUGGCAGCAUUAUUUUCGGAUUUUUAUCUGACAGAUACGGCCGCAAGCACACAUUCCUAGUCGCCAUAUCAACGCUGAUAAUCUUCGGCUUGGCUCAGCCGUUCUCGCCAAACUACUUAGUCUUCACCAUCCUACGGUUCCUGAUCGGGAUAGCUACAUCAGGCACCAUGGUGGUCUCGUUCGUGAUAGUCAUGGAGUCUGUCGGACCGAGGUACCGGGAGGUCACUGGGUGCCUCUUCCAGAUACCUUUUAUAAUCGGUCACAUGACAGUACCCCUCUUCGCAUACUACUUCAGGAGCUGGAACACCUACCUCCUUGCCCUGGGCAUACCCCCCCUCAUCUACCUGGGCUACUUCUUCGUGCUGAGCGAGUCUCCCAGGUGGCUGGUCAGCGUCGGCAGGGUGAAGGAGGCCACGGAAAUUGUGAAGAAAGCUGCUUUAUUAAACAACUUACCAACAACAAAAAUCGAAGAAACCCUAACGCAGAUGUCUCAAGAAAUCUGCGCGAAAUCCGACGCGCCCAAGCUGAACUACUCCGCCCUAUUCCAACGAUCCUUACUCUUGAAGACCUGCUGCUGCUGCACCAUGUGGCUGAUCACCGGCAUCGUGUACUUCGGCUUCAACCAGUACAUCAGCCAGACCAGUCCUGAUCCCUUCAUCUCUGUUGCUUUAGCUGCGGCUAUGCAGAUGCCAGCACUCUUGAUCUCAAUCUGGCUGAUCAAGAGGUUCGGCAGAAGACUCACCACCACCAUAUUCUCCUGCCUCGGAGGACUAUGCGUCAUCAUCCUCUACUUCGUGCCCCAGAUCUUUGCUGUGACCCUCACUCUUAGCACUUUGGGGGUCAGCUGUGGGGCAAUCGUUGCCACUACCAUCUACAUUUACACUUCAGAGUUGUACCCUACGGUGAUAAGAAACAUGGCUAUGGGAGCCUGUUCCACAGCCAUGAGAAUCGGUUCCAUGGCUGCUCCGUUCAUAGCUAAUACUUCGGUAACUAUUCCAUGGUUACCGACGGCGAUAUUUGGUUUAGCCCCCAUAGUUGCCGGAUUGGCUUGCUUAUUAUUACCUGAGACUAAAGGCAGGAUUCUACCGGAUAGUAUUGAAGAUGUAAGGACUGGUGAAAAGUGAUUUGUUAAAGUAUUUUAUAGUGAUUAAUUAAUGACGUUGUUAAUUAAUGACAUUAACGUUGUGGAUGCUAAUAUGUGAUAUUGAUGUUAUAAAUGUGAUAUUUUUGACUAUUAUAGCUGUGUGAUAUGUAUUAAAUUUUAGAUGUAAGGUACUGUGAAUUUAUUGUAAUAAGGACGUAAUCUUAGUUUUAAGUACUUACCUCCCCACUCAGAGACAUUUAAUUAUUACUUAAGUCACUCCUUAGUGACAGAAUGUCAUACAAAUCCUUCAGGAAUGGCUUAAGUAACCAUUAAAUGUCUCUGAGUGGAGAGGUUAAUAAUGUAGGUUUUAAUGAUAAACAGGUUCAUAAAAGAUUUGAAAAUUGAAAUCAAUGUGCCAUUUUCCACAAAUACAUAUGUAGCUAUUCCGUGAACUUAAAUAAAAAAUGUUUUUCUUUGAAAUUGAAUAAUGGUUACGCGGGAAACGCAAUAUGGUUCGUAAAGAUGCGAAAAAUUUGAAAAACUGGUGAUUGCAAAUGCGACGGGAAAAUCGGCAUACUGCGGGCGACACAAAACAAGAAAGUAUGCCUAAAGGAAAGGAGCACAGUACCUGUUGUCUUCUACGGCGAUUUCUUGUACGAGGAGCACUGCCACAAAUAAAGUUCAACACAAAUCACACCAAUUUUCCACUCAAUAUCGAUUUUUGUAUCGGAGAGAGACGUGAGCUCUCGCGCGCGUUGUCAGCCAUUUUUUUUUUGUUAUGUUGCACAUACGACUCAAGGGCGCUAGUGUCGCCUCUCGCUCCAACGAAUGCGUUGAGGUAUGUGCGGGAAAAGGAAGGGAAUAGGAUUGCAAACACCAGUGAAAUUACCAAUAUAACAAAUUAUGAGUAUGAAAAUUACCGCGCAACCAUUCCCCCCGGGCUUGAAGGGAUGCCUUCAAGAGUUGAAGCAAUUUACGAAACUUAAUUAUUUAUACGAUAAAUUGUACUACGUAAGUAUACGAAACGAAAUAACAGAAUGAAAACUAAGUACCUAUUUGUCUAAUCUACCUAACUACUAAUAAAAUUUUGAAUAACGA